AUGCGUUUCAUUCAAUUGCUGACUGCUACAGCAAUGGCUGCAGCCCCACUACUGGCCUCACCCGUCAAAUCUUCCAGUACUUCUGAUGUUGAAAAGACCGCUUCAGAGGCCACAGAAUCACCAUCACCAUCAGUCGUAAUAACAGACACAUUGUGUCGUGAUUAUCAUCCAUGGCUGUCACCGCUCCAAGCACUAUUGUUGCCUACACACUUACAUCUGCAGUUACAUUAUGGUAAAAGCAAAGACAUUGAACUGGUGCUAGAAGAGUUUGACUUUGAAAAGAACAAGGCUGAAGAAACAAAGGAAGAUACAAAAAACAAGGAAGAUGAUAGUCUGAAAGAGAUUGAACAAAAGGAAAAUCCUAAUGACGAUGAAAAUAAAAAGCAGGAGGACAGUAAUAAACCUGUAUCACACGAAGAACGUAUUAGAGUCAAGAGACAACAAGGUGGUGAUGGCGGUAUCUUUAACACAACAUUAUCAUCGAGCGCUACUGAAACUGCCUCAUCAAGCGAUAUAUCAAGCAGUUCUAUAGGUACUAGUUCUAUAACAGAAACCACUAGUGAAGCUUCUUCCAGCAGUGAAAGUACCAUUGCCAGCACAUCAACCAAUUCUGUGUCUAGCGAUGUUACUUCUGGAAGUUCUUCAACAAUUACGUCCUCAGAGACGUCUACAGAAACAUCUGUGGCUGCCACAACCUCUCCUUCGAGUUCAGAAUCAGGAAGUUCCGGAAGUUCGGACUCUCAGCAAAGUACAAGCAUCAGUACCUCACAAAGUUCUGGUAGCAGUAGCUCUGUUGAAAGUUCUUCUUCAGAGGUUACUACAACCACUACUGAUUCUGCUUCCGCUUCUGCCACGGAAACCAGACCGUCUACUUCCCCAAUUACUUCUUCAAACAGUGUAGCAGCAACAAUUACAACAACCACAGAUACCUCGAGCUCUGAGCAGUCAUCAGCAUCUUCCUCAAUUGAUACUUCUUCAGCUUCCUCUUCAACCGAUACUACAUCCACAGAUACCACAACAACAGAAACUGAAAGUAGUGUAUCAUCGUCUUCUUCAACUUCCACUGAUUCUACCUCAAGUGACUCGUCAGAAACUUCUACUGUUUCUUCAUCAACAUCUACAGACACCACAACUGAAUCUACAUCUACAUCAACGGAUACUUCGAGUUCUUCAGAUAAUUCUUCGGCCACAACGACCUCUAAUGAGUCCACAUCUUCAUCCUCCUCAGAAACCACCACUACUACGACAACUUCAUCUUCAUCCUCCUCCUCUUCUUCUUCUUCUUCUUCUUCGGAAACAACCACCAGUAUAGUCUCCUCUUCUGAAUCAUCUUCUGCUACUACCACAUCUCCUACAACUACAGAAGUUCCUGUAGUGACAUCCUCCCUGUUCACUGUUAUUUCGACCUUUGAGUCGUCAGGCCAUGCACGUACCAUUACCCAGGUCACUUACGUGCUGGUAACACGUACACCAUCCCACACAGCCACUCAAGCGUCUGUCUCUGCAGGAUCACUUCAAACCAGUGAAAAUGCAGCGGCCAGAAUGGUGGCUGUACCCACUGCUGGACCUUUGACUUUCCAUGGGCACCACUCUACCGGGGCUUUGGCGCUUGCUGUUACGUAUGUCGCUAUUAUUGCAGGGCUUGUGGGGACUAGCUUUUUGGUCUAA